CUCAAUAUUUUUGGAUGUCAUAUUUUUUCCUCCUUGAAGAUAAAUAGAAUGAGAUUAUUGUUGGAACCCUUGUUUUUAUAUCAAUUUGUUUGUUUAUAUUGCUAUGGUUUUCGAAAUAAAGUGCUAAACAAAGAUCGAUAUAUGAAGAAAGCUAUAUAAAAUAGUCUUUACUUGAAUUCGAAUCAAAUAAAUAAUAGCUAACUAAAUACCAUAUUGAAAAAUUGUGCGAGAAUCCUAAGUUUAAGGAAUGGUAAUCAUAACCAUAAAAUAUUUGAAUAUUAAUUAACACUAUU